UGGCCGAAGGGUUAUGCCGUUGUUAAUGUUAACAAUGAAGUGAUGCGAAAAGGGGGCGAGGGGAAGAAUAUAGGUUGCUGCUUACGUUGCAGCAUGAGAGCUUAUAGCGAGGCAUCUGGAAUAAAGUGGAAUAGGCAUCUGGAAUAAAAUAAACCCUUGAGAGGGACUAAGGUUUCUGGAAGAUGGAAUUGGGACCUCCAGAUGUGAUGCAGCGCAAAGGAGCGCUAACGUUACGCUCCCAUACUGCCUACUACGGGAGACCCACUCUGGUGUACCGCUGGUACUACAAUAGAGAGGCUGAACCUAAGGAUUAUGACAUUCAUCAAAUUCCUUUGGGCUCUAAAAACUUGUGUCGCUCUACCUAUUGGCGACUUGGAACCAUGGAUGAAAAAUGGGUAACCACUAGUCAAGAUCAUCUGUCUCAGCCAUAUAGAAUUAAAGAAUAUAGGGAACUAGAGAUUCAGAAACCUCUGCUGAAUGAAGAAAAUUUUGACAUAGCUGUUCUUGGAAGGGAGACAGGGCUACCAGAAACAGGCUUUGGAGCUGUUCUGCCAUGUCAUUCCCCAGAUCACUUUAAAAUGUUUCUGGACACAACGUAUCAAACGGAUUAUGUUCCACCAUAUGACUAUGUACCAUAUGUUACACCUGAUACAGUUGGCUACUCUGUAGUUCACAGAAAAUGUCAUUCUCAGUUUACCGACACAGCAGAUUACAGAAGACAUGGUAUCAAUACAUGGCAAGACGAGAGUGGUAUAUAUGCUAAUGCAGACUUAAAGCAAAAAGUAUUUCCUGUAACCAACCCUAUACCAACAAAUGUGCAUGAAAAAGAUUCUUAAGCACUAAAAAAUAAAGUAUUUCUGUAUGUAUUAGAUCUCCAAAUUAACACUAUAGCAUUUAGAACAUUUGCUUCCAUUAUAAAUCUAAACACUUAUACAGAGGACAUAGUAAUUGGGAUCUGGUUAAUUUCCCCUUGUAUUUGAUCUUUCCGACUAAAUUCUAUGUUCAUGCAUGUCUGCAUAAACAUGCAAACUACUUAAUUAUCUUUUUAUCUGGUGAUGCUUGAGAUGGAAUGGGACUGUAUUAACCAUGUGUACUACUGUACUAUGAUCCUUCCCCACUUUUUUGGGAGGGGGCUGUUCAGUAAGCAGAUUUUUAAAAAAUAAGUAUUGCUUAGUUGCACAAGUGCACAUUUGCACAUGGAAAAUACACUGAUUAACUAACAAACUAUUUUUGAUAUGCAUGAAAAUACAUAAUAACUAAAUAAACUGUUCCGAGAUCGCGGUUCAAGCAGUGAUAAUAACAUAGAGUACCUCAAGCAAGCAUCAAACUUUCCCUUGAAGGAUUCUUUUUAAAGUUAAUUCAAAAUCUGUUAAAAAUAUUUAAUUGAUUUAUACUUUUUUAACAUGGGGAAUAAAAGCAGAGUUUAUGUA